AGAUUAUAAACAUAAACAUCACACACACACACUGUCCGAGUGAGUUUCAGCAGAUCCAGACACACACACUUCACUUCUGACUGAUCAUCUGAGCUGAAACAUGUCCAACAAAUCCAAGGUCUUCCUGAGUGGAGUAGUCGAGGGGUUUUAUGGACGGCCGUGGACUAUGAGCCAGAGGAAAGAGCUCUUCAGGAGAGAGCUGAAAUUGGGCCUGAACACGUACCUGUACGCCCCAAAAGAUGAUUACAAGCACCGGAUGUACUGGAGAGAUCUGUAUUCCCUGGAGGAAGCAGAUCAACUGAUGACGCUGAUCUCGGCUGCUAAAGAGAAUAAUGUGGAGUUCAUCUACGCCAUUUCUCCAGGUCUCGACAUCACCUUCUCCAACCCUAAAGAGGUGGCGGCGCUCAAGAGGAAGCUCACACAGGUUUGUGGGUUCGGCUGUCGGUCUUUCGCGCUGCUGUUUGAUGACAUCGAGCCAGAAAUGUGUCCUGCUGAUAAAGAAAGGUUCAGUUCAUUUGCUGAAGCUCAGGUUUCUGUCACUAAUGAGGUGUUUCUGCAUCUGGAGGAGCCGCACACCUUUCUCUUCUGUCCCACAGAUUACUGCGCUGCAUUCUGCACUCCUAGCGUGCCGCUGUCGGCCUAUCUGAACACCGUCGGAGAGAAACUCAACCCUGGGAUUGACAUUCUCUGGACAGGGCCCAAGGUGGUUUCUCAGGACAUCAGUGUGGCUUCUAUAGAGGAGGUUUCCGCGGUGUUGCGGAGACCGCCGGUGAUCUGGGACAACAUCCACGCCAAUGACUACGACCCCCAGAGACUGUUUCUGGGACCCUACAAGAACCGGCCCACAGAACUCAUCCCCAAACUCAGAGGCGUCCUCACAAACCCCAACUGUGAAUUUGAGCCCAAUUUUGUGGCUCUUCACACUCUGGCCACAUGGUGCAAAUCCAGCAGCGCGCCGAAGGACGUGUCUAUGGAUGGAGACGAUCAGGGGUCAGACUACAACCCCCAUGAGGCUUUGCAGCUAGCGCUCACUGAUUGGUUGGUGGAGUUCGGCAGAGCUGAGCAACCUGAUGGCUCCGGGCGCUGCAGACGGGAGGUUAGUGAAGAAGAGCCGAUGCAGACGGAGGGCCACACACCGGGGCCUCGAGACAACCCGCUGUACACCGCAGAACCACUGACACUGGCUGACCUCACACUGCUGGCUGAGCUCUUCUAUCUGCCCUAUGAACACGGACACACUGCUACACACAUGCUGGAGGAGCUACACUGGCUGCGCACACACACACUGGAUGAGGAGGAGGGUUGUGCGUGGCGUGUGCGUGCGCAGCAGUUUGAUGAUCGCUGCGCUGCUGUGGUGCAGAUGUUCAACAGACUCUCUAACGCCCCCAACAGGCUGAUCCUCUACGACCUCUACAACUACAUCUGCGACAUCAAGAGCGGCGUCACCAUGGCCAAAGCCUACGUCAAGACUCUGGGAGGUCAGACUCCUCACCCUGCUCUGGCUCUGACUGAUGACCCGGAGCCGUGGGGCUUCAGAGGAGGUCUGUCAGGAGAAUUCCAGCGAAUGCUGCCGUCUCACGGGAACCGCGAUCUGUUCCGCAGCCCUCCGGCCACACGAGUCUACACCAUCAGACCCUGCACUCCCAAAGACCAGCCGGAGGUGAUGAAGAUCUUUAAGCAGAUGCAGACUGAGACGCAGCAGAAGGUGGAGCUGGUCGGCGACCGGUUGGUGGAGGGUCAGAUGAUGCCGUCGCAGAACUGCAGUCUGAUUCUGGACGAUGCUUCUGGAGUUUGUGGAUAUGCUUUCGCUCUCAGCGAUGCGAAGACGGCCAUGAAUAAAUCUCAGUAUCCAGAGACCAUGCUGCAGGAUUAUCCAUCAGUCAUUGCUCUUCAGAUCCACUCGAAAGUUCCCGACCACAGCGCAGCCAAGCGUCUGAUUCUCCAGCUGCUGUCAGCGCUGAGAGACAGCGGGUCUAAAGGAGUUUUUAGCGAGUUCAGAUCCAACGACAGACGAAUGCUGGACUUCCUGAAGACGCUGAACGUGUUUCAGGUGCUGAAAGUCGACGGUCUGCCAGCAAACCUGGUCAUCAUGGGAACUAAACUCUGACACCUGCACAUAAACACCCCAUUCAACACAAUACUCUGAUCAAAACACUGAUUCUGUACCUGAAAUCCAUCAGGAAUAGGCCUAUUAGAGUGGAAAACAUGCAUUAUUAAUAAAUUAUAAAUGAAUUAUAAACUCCAGAAAGGGUCGGGACACUCAAAAAUGAAUAUUAAUAAAGUUUAUUUGCAUAUGCAUUUAAA